AUGGCUGGUGAGUACCCAUCGCCCGGGGACAUGGUCGACAAACGGUAUGAUGUUCGUGUACCGAGUCGCACUGAGAAAAUUGAUCGGUCUAGUCUCCCCCUUUUCACAUCAUACGACGAGUUGUUUGCAGCCGAAUUUCCAAAACGGAAGUUUGCAGUCGAGGAGUUAGAAGGAAAGGGACGUGGGAUAGUUGCCACGUGGUCAAUCAAAAAAGGGGAGAUGGUAAUGCGUGAGCGCGCGUCGACAGUAUUCUUUGGUGAAGAGCCAGAGGAUCCCAACAUUGAUUCCACCUAUUUUCUGAUCAAAAACUUGUAUGAAGGAAAUGCGACCAUUACGCCAUCAUUUGCUACUGAAUUGGGACAGAACCCCAGUCGGAUUUCUGAAUUUGAAGAACACGUCCAGUUCAUGUUAAAUGAUUUUAAAGAGAAAGGAAAGGGGUUCAAAUAUGAAGUUAAAGAAGACGAGCUGAGAAAGAUAGUGAAUGGCAUUCAUACGAAUUCAUUUUCAUUUGAUUUUCAAGACGGAUUUGCGGUGUUUAUGGGGUGCAGUUUGGUGAAUCACUCAUGCCAAGAAAACAUGGGGUGGCAUACUGUUGGCGAUGAGAUGAUAUUUACUGCUCUUGAAGAUAUCGAACAAGGUACGGAAUUGACGAUUUCAUAUUCAUUUCCAAAUUUGAAUGCGAAGAGAAUGAAGUACUAUGAAGAUAACUAUGGGUUUGUGUGCGACUGUAAAUUGUGUGAGGGGGGAAUAGACUCGUGGAGGGUCUUUGAAUGCACACAUUGUGGCGGAAAGAUAUAUCCAGACGUGAAUGGGUGGUCGUGCCAUUCAUGCUCGAAAAUAUGUACAAAAGAAGAGAUCUAUUUCUUCGAAGCAGAGGAGAAGUCUAUUUUAGAAUUUAAGUUUGAAAGUCGGUUCAGGUGGUUAUACAGACCAAUGAGAAAGAUGAGCCCCUACCAUUUGGUCUUAUUUAAAGCUCUCAGAAAUUAUUUCAUGACUAACGCGUGUCCAAAUCCAGUUCAACUCGCAGAGAAUAUUUUGAUACCAGUCGCAGAAUUCCACAGAGACUUGUCACAUGGAAGACUGUACGCUGCUGUCAUGGAGCAAUACGCGAUGGUGUUGUUGAAGUACGCAUUGUUGAUGACAGAUAACGAGGAUUGGUGCAAAAGAAAGGCACUUGAAUGCCUCAGAAAAGCGUAUGAUUAUAGGUGCGAAAUUGGGAUGGGCAUAACUGGAUACGCCGCUGCCAUUUAUUUGGAAUAUCUGGGCUUUUUCGAGGGGGAUAAGAUCAAGGGGGACAUCGUUCAUUAUGAGGAAUAUUAA